AUGGACGGCAUGGAUUAUGAUCCCAUGGUGAUGGACGGCGAGCCUGAGCAGCCCCAGGUCACCAUCUCAGCUGCCGACAACACACGCGUUGACUUUGCGCUCUCCAAAACCAACCUCUCCUUCGCCAACUCGAUACGCAGAAUCAUCCAGGCCGAAGUGCCAACCAUUGCCAUCGACCUCGUCGAAGUCGAGGUUAACACGUCAGUACUUGCCGACGAGUUCAUCGCCCACAGACUGGGUCUCAUUCCCCUCAACGCCAAGGGUGUAAACGAACUCAACUACUCACGAGAUUGCGACUGCGAGCAAUACUGCGAACAGUGCAGCGUUACCUUGACUCUGCAUGCGAGAUGUACCAGUGACGAGAUUAUGAAGGUGUACGCGCGGGAUUUGGUCGUUGACGGCCGCCAUGCCAGCCAGGUCGGGACGCCGGUCAUCAACGAUCCUGAGGGAAUGGGAUGUUUGAUUGCCAAGCUGCGCAAGGACCAGGAAUUGAAGCUCACGUGUAUCGCGAAGAAGGGCAUUGCCAAGGAACAUGCCAAAUGGAUGCCUACGUCUGCCGUAGGUUUCGAAUACGACCCUCACAAUAAGUUGCAUCACUUGGACCUGUGGUAUGAAAACAAUACGGAUCCCAAUAAGGAAUGGCCUAAAAGCAAAUACGCCGAAUGGGAGGAUCCCCCUCAAGAAGGAGAGCCGUUCAACUACGACGCAGUCCCCGAUCGAUUCUACUUCGAAGUCGAAACGUCAGGCAGCAUGGAGCCCGACCAGAUUGUGCAAGGCGGCAUCCGCGCUCUCCAACAAAAGAUUGGUGCGCUCCUAAAGGGCCUGGAUCCCAAGAAGUACGGCGGAGAGGAGCCGGCCGAGUUUGACGGCCCGAGAAGUCCAGAUAUGAAUAUGGACGGUGGCACGACACCCUGGCAAGACGGAGGAUACACCACUCCCUACGGCGGCAACAUGACUGCCUAUGGUGGGGGAAACACUGCGUACGGAGGAGGCAACAACACGGCAUACGGAGGGGGUGCCGGCGCAUACGGAACCACGCCCUAUGGCCAGUCGUCGUGGCAGUAA